AUGUUUUCACUAUUUCACGGUUUUGUAAUGCUCUGUGCGCUGGGCUGUCGGCACCAAGCGAUCGGCCAAGCGGACGACGGUAAACGGUACAUCUGCCGAGCAGUGCCCCUGGUCGGCGACACCAGCUGCCCGGUGACCUUGUUACCCGAAUUCAACGCCGGGGGUCAAGAAGAGGAGCUCCGCAACACCGUAAUGCAGCUCCGAGAGACAAUUCUGCAGCAGAAAGAAACCAUUUUCAAGCAGCUAGGAACCAUCAACGAACUGACCACCAAAUUGUCCCUGUGCGCGUCAACUACCGAUGACAGAAAGUACGAGAAGGGGGGCCCGUGGGGCAAAGGGAAGCAGAACACGAUGGGAGACGUCCCCAGAGAUCCGAACGACACAGUGGAGAAUCUUGGCAAAACAAUGCAGGGGCUCAAGGACCGCCUGGAGAACCUGGAGCAACAGCAGAUGCGGGCCAACAUAUCUGGCGCGUCGUUCCCCAGCGAGCUGCGUGACCUGCUGCAGCGUCGCCUGGUCGAGCUGGAGAAGCAGCUCCUGAGGAAAGUCAGCAACCUGGAGGAGGAGAAGAGCGUGCUGUCCAACGCCACAGCGGCGUACCGGCUCAAGACGGAAAGUACGCUCAAUGCGCUGGUGGAGAGAAUAAGUGAGCUGGAAAAAGGUGGGGAGGACUUCAAGUCCCCUGAGCAGUUCAAGCUCUCCCUUCCUCAGCGUACAAACUACUUGUACGGCCGCAUCAUCAAAAGCCUCCCGGAGAUGUACGCAUUCACGCUCUGCAUGUGGAUCAAGUCCAGUGCCACUCCGGGCAUCGGGACACCCUUCUCCUACGGUGUCCCUGGACAAGCCAACGAGAUUGUGCUGAUCGAGUGGGGAAAUAACCCAAUUGAACUGCUCAUCAAUGACAAGGUUGCGCAGCUGCCCUUGGAGGUACGUGACGGAAGGUGGCACCACAUCUGCAUCUCCUGGACCACCAGGGAUGGCCAGUGGGAUGCCUAUCAAGAUGGAGAAAAGCAAGGGAGCGGAGACAACCUGGCUGCGUGGCACCCUAUAAAACCAGGAGGGGUGAUCAUCCUGGGCCAGGAGCAGGAUGUUGUAGGUGGACGCUUUGACGCCGGACAAGCCUUCGUGGGAGAACUGAGCCAAGUCAACAUUUGGGACCGCGUCCUCAAGCCAGCCGAGAUCCAGGCUAUGGCCAACUGUACGUCAUACUUGCCGGGUAAUGUGAUCUCAUGGAUGGCCAGCAAUGUCGAGGUGUUUGGGAGGGGAGCCUUCAAGAGGCCCUUGGAGAUGUGUCAAGAGCGUCUCCCUAAUAACUGAGCACUUAGCAUCUGCCUUUUGUGUUGAUUAGCUGCUACUUCCACGCAUUUAUUUUUUUCCUAAUUACUGUGAGACAGUUUAUGGAAGCUGUGAAAAACAAGAUUGUAAGCGUCACAAAUAACAAUGGAUGUGGACAUUAGGACAGAGGCUUUUGAGAUGAUGAAGAUCAACUGGAGGCGCAUAACCGUACAAACGCUGCUGAUACAAAUACAGUACACGGAGAGACGCAGACUGGCGUUGACGUGAGCUUCUGUUGCGUGCCGUGCAAGAGAAAGUAGGAGAGAGGAUUAUCUCCGAGGUCUGGCUAAUGUUAUGUCUCUUGCUCGACGGUAGAUUCUGCUUGUAGCCAAAAUCAAUCGCAUAUUAUAUCCUGACGUGAUUAGUCUGGAAAACCAUUCUACUCAAUUCACACUUUCAGAGAAAAAGACAAAAUCGAUACUUUGUAUGGACGUGAUACCAGUGAUACUAAUAAAUAUAUCACAGUGCUUUUUCCCUCCUGCUUGCCUUGUUCAUAUAAACAAAACCAAUUUAAACGGAGAUUUGUGUUUAUUGUAUAAUUAUAUUGUUCAAAAAGACUUGUUUUACAUAGCUGCAGUGGAUUGUACAUGUAAUUAUUAGCACAGCGAGAGUAUAAGUGAACUGCAAACUACUUCUAAUAUAUUUAUGGUAUGUGUCAUAUUGUGUACACCCCCUGCAAUGUUUUGUAUCACGUAGCUAUUUUGCAUGUUAAAUUUUACAUAAAUGUUCGUGUGGCCUUUGUAGGGACUAAAGUGCCAACAAGGAAUCUGUUUGUAUGAAAAUGACUUU